UUAAUACAUGAACGCGGCAUUACACUUUCAGCCUACAGAACUGAUUUUGUUGUUGUUGUUGUAACAGUUGUUGUUAUAGUAUAGAGCAGUAUAGGAGUACCCAUUCAUCACUUCACUUUCACGGACAGGUUUGUUCAGUGCCUAUCUAUUCAGUGUUGACCAACAUUGAUUAGCCACACCUUCCCCAUGUUGCACUGGCCAGAGAGCCACCAGGUGGCUAUGGUGUCAGUCCUGCUGUGCUGGUUGACCCUGUGCUGGUGCAGCCCUGACCCUAGGCUCAGAGAGUCUCUGAUGCACCAGGAGGCCUCCCGGCAGACAGGGGGCAGACUGCUGCUGACAGAGGCAGAGCUGCGGCUCAGUGCACAGCUGCACAAACUGAAGGAGCAGGAGAUGAAGAGCUCGGACUUCCCUCCUGCCUUGCACUUCUUCAAGGCAAAGCCACUCAUCCAGCGCAGCCUCAUCUACAGCCUACUGCAGAGGAUGCCCAAAGGAGCAGCACUUCAUGUCCAUGACUUCUCCAUGGUGGGAGUGGAGUGGCUGGUAAGGAAUGUGACGUACCGGCCAUAUUGCUACAUGUGCAUUACAGAGGACCAGUCAGUUCGAUUACUCUUCUCCUCUGGUCAGCCCAAACCAAAACCUCAGUGCUCUUCUUGGAUGCUGCUGGAGACCCUGAGGGCCAAAACAGGCAAUACCACUGACCUUGACAAUAGCCUCAUCCGCAACCUCACACUUUUCACUGAGGACCCAGAGGCUGCCUAUCCCAGCCAAGAUGUCGUUUGGAAAAGGUUUGAGCAGGCGUUCACUUCGGCUUGGGGACUAGUCACCUACGCUCCUGUGUUCAAGGACUAUUACUAUGAGGGCCUGAGGCAGUUCUACAUGGAUAGUAUCAUGUAUCUGGAGCUGAGGGCUUUGCUUCCAGAGACAUACGAGCUGGAUGGGAGCACACAUGACAGUGCCUGGGGCCUCAAGACCUAUCAGGACGUGACCAGGCAGUUUGUGUCAGAGCACCCAGACUUCCUUGGAGCUCGUGUCAUCUUCACUGUGCACAGGCGGCUGAAUGCAUCAAUGGCAUGGAAGGCAGUGGAGGAGGCUAUGAACCUACAGAAAGUCUUUCCAGAGAUCAUGGCUGGAUUUGACCUAGUGGGUCGGGAAGAUAGUGGAAGACCCCUCUGGUACUUCAAGGAGGCCUUGUCUCUGCCAGGCGAGAGAGGAAUCAACCUUCCAUUCUUCUUCCACGCAGGAGAGACUGAUGAAGAGGGCACUGAUGUGGAUGGGAACCUACUGGAUGCUUUACUGUUCAACACGUCUCGCAUCGGCCAUGGCUUUGCCCUGCUGCGCCACCCCGUGGCCAAGGCCCUUUCUAGGAGGAAAGGGGUGGCUGUAGAGGUGUGCCCCAUCUCCAACCAGGUACUGAAACUGGUCUCAGACCUGCGGAAUCACCCAGCUGCUGUUCUGAUGUCAGAGGGCCAUCCCCUGGUGAUCAGUUCAGACGACCCAGCCAUGUUUGGAGCUUCUGGCCUCUCCCAUGAUUUUUACGAGGCGUUUGUGGGUUUAGGUGGAAUGAACUCUCACAUAGGAACUCUCAAGGAACUGGCCAUGAACUCCAUCAGGUACAGCUCUCUGUCACCACAGCUGAAGGAGAAAGCAUUGGAUUUGUGGCAGAGAAAAUGGGACAAGUUUGUCUCAGAGAACUCACAAUAGAGUCCUGCUGGAGCAGAGGAGUGGUCAUUCGGAAGCUAACUGUGACAGUGGGAUCACCCCAGUCUGUGAGCCUGUUGCUUGUGCCCCAUAGGAAGGGAAUGAUAUUUGGAAAUGUUGUUCAAAAUUCAGACAAGGGACAGGAUGUAGGUGUUAUUGAAACAUCAUUUUUGGUAUUUUUCUUUGCCUACGAUGCUGUAGACAGUUUGGCAAAUUAGGGUUGAGAAGGAAAAAGAGAACAAGUUCAUAUCGCCCUCACGUGGAUAGGGUGUGUAUAACACUCCUGUAAGAUAUCAAUCAGGAGACCACACUGCUGUCACCUCCUACAAAAUGGAGGCCCCUGACAGAAGUUGAGUUCACUAGUCAAGGAGUCAUGAAGGAAGCUGUUUUUUUACACAAAGGCAUUUGAUCAUUAUUAUUUCAGUUGCAGAUAAUUGUAUUUGCACUGUAAUUGUGAAUUCAAGGAGACUCUACAUGGUAAUAGAGCACAGUGAGAAAAAGAUUACACCGAAUGAACUGACCAGCUAGUCUUUAAUAGCAUUUUAUGCUGGUAAUGUGAUUUUAAUGGAGAACAUGUGCAUUUGUUUUGUACAGAUUUAAUUAAUUAUACGGACACGUUGUGACAAAUGCAUGCAGAACAGUAGGCAAUGCCUUAUUCAUAGACAUACUUUUCUAUGAAGACUUUUUUGAUUGUAUUUUUUUAGUUUUGAAUUAAGGGAAGGAAAACAUCAGAUUUGUUCAUUUGUUUCAAAUCAUUUAUCUACAUUUUCACUUUUUAAUACAAGAAACAUUUCUCCAUAAUAGUCUAAUAAUGCAUGGCAUAGUAAGUAAGGCCCUGUCAUCCUUUAUCGACUGCUGGUGUUGAACUGGGAGAAGUAACUGUCAUCUGGGAUGUUAGUGUACACCUUCUCCAAAUACUUUGUCCUGAAAGGAGAAGAAUGCAUUGGUCUAGAACUGAUAUCAAGAACAAAACUGUAGGCAUUUGAUAUGUCGUCUAUGCAAUGCUAUGGGCAGGUCAACAAGCUCUAGGGCUGGAUUCAAUCCGUAUCGCGGAAUAUCACGAUAAAUAUUGCAUAUGUCUGCUCAAUCGCAAAUUACCUUUACAUUUUAACGCUGAAUGCAGUCUCUGAACUAGGGAACAUUGUCUUUAAAUUUCAAUCGAACGAUAACGCGGAUCUUCCGCAAAAUGGAUUGAAUUGAGCUCCUAGUUGAUCAUUAAUGUGUGUCCAUUAAGUGUGCUAAUCUUGUUGAUCAGUUUCUUCUGCACAAUUGAAUUAUUUCUGAGCACAGAAGUGUUAAAGAAAACUUUUUUUUUUAAAUUUGACAAACAAUGAUGCUGUAUGGUAAUGAAGCCCAACAGUACAACAUCAAACAAAGCGAAAGGUAUACAGCUGCGUCCAUGUGUCUAAACCUUAACAUAUGGAAAGUGUCUUACUGUUCAUGGUGGGCCUCAGCCAGCUGUGCGUUGGUGUUAUCCUGGGUGCGACGGAGCUGCUUGUUGAUGCGGGCCUGCUGUCUCUCCAUUAGUAGGGCGGUUCGAGCCGAGGCCACACGGAACCGGUCCUGCUGGAGCUCCUCCUGCUGCUGCUCCGCCUGAAUUCUCUGCACAACCAAACAUGAAGAGAAGGUUAACACUAUUUAUGGGUGUUGCGAUCUACUCUCGCUUUUGGUCCUCUUUCAGAAGAUGGAGAGUGCAACAUACUGCAAUAAAAACAUCUCUACUCAAGGUAAACAA